GAUCCAAGAUGGCGCCUACCUUAGUGGCGCAUGUUGUCGCAGACGCAGGAGCGUUUUUAAAGAAAGCUUCUCUGCAGGAUAUCGGCAGCAACAUCUACACACUGAGAGAUGUGGUGGACGAGAUCCGUGACAAACCCACCCGGAGGAGUCUGGCAUUCCUGCACACGCUCAACUUCAAAGAGCCGCAUCCUGAACACAUCAGACUGGUGACCGAGUUCUCCAAGAAGACCGGAGACUACCCGAGUCUGUCGGCGACCGACAUCAAGGUGCUGGCUCUGACCUACCAGCUGGAGCUGGAGCACGUGGGCUCCCAGCACCUGAAGAAAGAGCCGGAGAUCAAGGUGAAUAUCCAGAGCACACCGCGCCACCCAGAGACUCCCGUUAACGUCGCCGGCUUCCACUUCCCCGCCAAGAAACCUGCGGGCAGUCUGAACGCCACACAGACGGAGACGACGUCGCACGGAGACGACGAGUUCAACAGCUUCCAGUUCUGGAGGGAGCCGAUGCCGUCCGUCGACAGCGAGCUGCUGGAUCUGCUGAUGGACAGACAGACAGAUGUAGAGAGAGAGAGACAGACAGAGACACAGACAGAUGGAGAGACAGACAGAGAGACAGAUACAGAUGACACACAGGUGGGAUGGAUCACGCCCGGCAACAUCCAGCAGGUGAAGAUGGAGUCGUGAUUGACGGCUUGUGCUGAUGUCACUGUCGGGUGUCUGACCACCGACCGACAGACAGCGGUUGAUUGGUUGUCCUUCCAGAACGUUCUGAUCCAGAUGGGACUCCACGUUCUGUCGGUGAACGGGAUGCUGAUCAAAGAGGCCAGGAACUACAUCCUGAGAUGUCACGCCUGCUUCAAGACGACGAGCAACAUGAGCAAGGUGUUCUGUCCUCACUGUGGGAACCAGACGUUGAAGAAGCUGGCCGUCACCGUCACCGAGGACGGCAGCGUGCACAUGCACUUCUCCAAAAACCCCAAAGUGCUCAACGCCAAAGGGCUGAGGCACUCUCUGCCGCUGCCCCGCGGGGGGAAGCACAGCAACAACCCCCAGCUGGUGGAGGACCAGAGCUUCCCCCAGCAGAGACUGUCCCGCAAGGCGCGCCAGAAGACGGACGUGUUCGACCCCGACUACGUGGCCGGGGGUUCGCCCUUCUGCCAGAACGACAUCUACAGCCGCGCAGCCAACCUGCACAUCAGAGACGGGCAGAGCGGGGGGGGCAGGCGGCGAGCCAACCCCAACGCCACGCACAAGAAGUUCGUCAAGAAGAAGUGAGACGUCACAGGGACUCGUGUUCCAUCGCAGGGCCUCGAGAGACGCAUGUUUGAGUCCUGGAUAUCCCAGAGAAGCAGCUUCCCUCUCUAACACACACACACAGAGACAGACAUACACACAUAUAUAUAUAUACACACACACGCAGAGACAGACGUACACACG